AUGAGCGGUGUUGGUAAUGAAGACCCCGGGGAGCGAGGCCCAUCACCGGCUGGGGCGGAGGAAAAGGAAGCCGAUAACACAAAGCCCGAAGAGCGUGGCGGUUGGGGUACUGGCGCGGGCCCACCAAAUAGCGCGUUGGCGUACGACUCGGAGGAGGAGAGGAUGAAAGCGCUUGCACCGAAGACAGAUGCAGAAAUUCUCAUGGAAGAGCGCAAGCUAAAAGCCCAGAAAAUGUUGGCAAAGAAGCCCGGUACAACCCUCAAUCCCCGAAAGAGGUACGAACAGCGACAAGAGGAGCGCUUGUACGAGAGGCAGAAGGCCGCCGCUGCAGCAGCUGCAAGUCUGGAGGUUGCCAAGGAAACCGAGGAGAACAAGCGAAUGCUUUUGGAAGAACUGCGAAGCUGGGACGCAUACGAGCUCAAUACGAGGAAUCACAAUCGAAUGAUUGAACAGGAGAGGGAGGAUAGAGCAGCAGCUGCCAACAAGCUGAAGGAAAGCGAAGAGCGCCGCCUAGCCUGCGAGGAGGAGGGUCUCACCUUCAACCACGGGGUCGUUGUGUGCCACCGCCGGUGGCGCGCCAGCUCCGCACUUGCGACUGUCCUCCCGGCGCACCCGUGCCCGGUUCAUGCCAUGCGGCAGUCCUCGAACGGGCGGUGGAUACUCUCAGGCGGGGACGAUCUCACCGUUCGGCUGUGGGAUACGGAAGCGUUCGCACGGAAGCUGUCGGACCCCAAAAACGAAAAGAGAGCAGCAAAGGCGGCCGCGCGGGCCGGAGCGGUCGCGGCAGACUUGGCUCUUGGCUGGGAAUGUGCUCGUGAGCUCGUCGGACACACUGCCGCGGUAAGGGAUGUGGAGUUCAACCCUCUCUUCGGCGGGCCUCCCGAGGAUCAAGAAGACGCGCAGGAGGAAGGAGAGGGCGGGCCGGGGAGCGAAGGGGCCCCAGUUCGGCUUGCAUGUGUGCUAGCGUCUGCUUCGACGGAUUUGACCGUGCGCAUCUGGGAUCUGAGCUUCAACCCCCGUGUCGCUAGAUUCGCGCUCAAGGGUCACAAGGGCGUGGUAUCUGCCUGCCGGUUCGCUCCUUCGGGAGAUCGUCUUGCCUCGUGCUCGGCCGAUGGGACUAUUCGGCUGUGGAACGUGCUCAACGGUACCAACGUGUUCUGCUACGAGGGGCACACGUCUCCCGUGACGUCGGUCUGCUACUCUCCCAGCGGGCGCUACCUCGUAAGCUGCAGCGAUAUCGGAGAGCGCGCGAUACGCGUUUGGUUCGCCGACAUGCCUCUCUACGACCGAGAUCCGGUUCAGUUCGGAUUGCGCCUGAGGUGGACGCGAUCGGGGUUGAUCAAGCGAGUGAGGGCUAACACAGAAUCCUCGGCAAUGGGAUUCUUUCUCAGCCGCCAAGAGGAUCGGGAGAGCCGAGAGAGCAGCGACGAGAGCGAAGGGGAAAAGGAGUACAGGGAACUCCUUAAAAUCCCCAAGACCGUCCUGACCCAAUGCGACGCCAGCCCUUGCCCGACCCAGGCGGUUUCGAACGGCUUUUCUUUGACAGUCACGAUCCUCAACGAUUCCGGCAAGGACACGAGAACGGAGGAGUACUACCGGGGGUGCAAACUCGUGCUUCGCGCGCGGGCGCUCAAGAAGUUCACCGGCCUAUACGUCGCUGGCGUCUCCGCAGAAGGGCUGUGGGAAGGAUUCGAGGCGAUUUUCAGGUUCCCCACUAUCGUCGCAAGCAAGUCUGUGUUGGGUCGAGAGACAGUGUGGGUGACUCUUCGGGAGCGGCCGCCCCCGACUCCGCCAGCGGCCAUCUUCGCGGCAACCAGACUCAAGCCCAGGAAGCGUCUAUUUGAUACGGUGGCGCGAACGGGGGUGUUUGCCAAAGCCCUCAAGGCGGGGGACUGGGCUGAGGCGACGAUGAUGCUGUCGGUCGCGGCCAAGUUGCAGUUCAGCAAAGUCAAGGCCACUGGCGCGACCGAGGUGGCAGACGAGAUUCGGAAAGUCCUUGGCAGAAACAUCGCCGUCCACAACGCCCGUUCCGUCGGCGUCGCCUGGACCAGCGUGUGCGUAUCGCACGAACCCCCCGACCCUCCGCCAGAAGAGACAGAGGAGGCGGCGGCGGCGGCGGCGGCCCAUUCCUCCCCCCUGCCGCCCGGCGGCAAGAAGCACCCCAACUCCAAGGCUGCUCCGGGAACCACGGCUGUUUCCGGAAAGGGAACAACUCCGGAGGUUACCUCCCCGGGCUCUCCAGGAUCCGUCGGCACGGCCGCGGCCACGGUCGUCACCGGUGCCCGAGCGGGAGCGACGGGAAAAGAGAAGUCAAAGCCAUCACGUGACAACGACAACAACAACCCCGAUUCUGGCGAGGGACAACCACGAGGGAUAGCGUCGAAGGAAAAGGAGCAGCAGCAGCAGCAGCAGCAGCAGCAGCAGCAGCAGAAGAAGAAGAAAGAGCGGGGACGCAAGACGGGGCGCCUCGGCGGCGAAGAUCGAGAUACCGGGGAGAGCGGUGGAAGCGGGAGAGAAAAGGGACGGCCGCGGCAAAGGCAGCGGCGAGAUCGGCGGCGCCCUAAAUCGGCCGUAGCGUUCUCGCUGGGGAGUUCGAAGAGGGGCAGGAGAAAGGGCAAGGGCAGGGGUGGGGGUUCAGCCACUGAUCCGUCGAGCUGUGACGAGGAGACGACCGCUAUUCGUGACUCCGUGGAGAAGGAGGUACGCGCCGAGCUGGCAAACUUGAACCGCCUCAGGGCGGCAGGAGUGGCCUCCUGGAAAGAGCUCGGGCACGCUAUGGGGCUUCUCUCUUUGGCGAAAGCGAGGAAACGAGACAAGGUCAGGGCGAAGGGACAGAGCAAGGGACUGCUUGACGCGGCAGGUAUAACCGUCAAGGACCCGAAGGUGGACCUGAAGGUUCUGGUAUGGGACGGGUUCUUCGGGGCGGACGUCAAAGAGAUGCGAAUGCAACUGCCCGAGCUCUACCCGUCGACAAGCACCCCCUACGACCAGAACGAGGACUUCGCUGCGCGGACCUUGGGAGAGGCCAUCGCCGUCGGGGAUAGAGCGGCCCCGGCGCUGAUAGAAGAGAUGCGCGCCGAGAAAAAGAAAAAAGUCGACCCUGCGGGUAAAAUGGUGAACGCUGUGCUAGAAAGGGAUCAGCAACUUCGCAGGGUUGGAACCCGAAGGCGAGAAGCGAUGAUCAGUCCCUCGGACCUGGCCGCCUCCUUCCCCGCGCCGGACCCGCGAAUGGCUCCCCUUCGCCACUACCCCGUCGACAACGGAGAAAACAAAGACACAAAGGAAGCUAAUCAUCAAGAAGAAGGAGACGAAGGAACAGAAAAAUUGCCAGAAUCGACAUCGACGAGGAGCAAGGAGGCUCCGCCGCAGCUCCUACCCGAGAAUGGGGGCGAUGCAUGGAGCGGCAAAGCAGGCGACGAUGACAACAAGAACGAGGGUCCACGAGGUGGCACCGAUGCCACCACAACCACCACUACAACCACAGCUGCCACGAUCGUUAAGCAGGAGGAAAAUCUGGAUGAGGAGCAAGACCAGGGAGAUCUCGAGCGCGUGCCGUUAUCACCGCUGGCAGAGACUCGCGGUGAUGACACGUCUGCUGCAGCGAUCACGACGAACCUUCCCCCCCUGGAACCCAGCGUCUUUCACGCAAAGCUAGAGGGGACGGCCAGCCGCGAAAAGAGGCUGAAACGAGAGAAACGUCUCGCGAAACAAGCGCCGCCGGACGAUCCGCCGGGGGACGUCGACCUAGCUAGGCGUCGGGGAGGCCUAGAGCUGGAGACCAGGUUCGGCGGCCUUAUCUGCCAUCAAGACACCAUCAACGUUGUGUCCUACAGCCCCGACGGCCGGCGUCUGGCCACCGCCUCCAGCGACGGGACCAUCAAACUAUGGGACCCGUCCUCUGGAAAGCAGGUGCGCGUGCUGACCGGGCAUCACGAGGGUUUGCCGGUGUGGGACGUGGCGUGGAGCGGUGACAGCAUGUUUCUCGUGUCGUGUGCCGCCGACCGUUCGCUGGUGAUCUGGAACACCGCCGCGGCGGAACCUUUCGUCCGGCGCUUCCUUGGGCACUCCGACCACGUCAAGCGGUGCGCGUUCGCCGACACAAGGGGACAGGCGGUACUAUCUUGUGGCAGCGACGGCACGGUGAGAAAGUGGGUGCUGACACCGAACGUUCCAGCUCCACCGCCCAAGCCGUUCGUGACUCACAAGACGCGCACCUGGGUCAUGCUCAACUGGCGGCCGGCGGCGGGGAGCAACGAGCAGGUCACGGCGUACGUGGUGUCGUGGAGGUUGGGGCGAAAGGGGAAGUUCGACGACGAGCUGACGGUCGCCGGGGACCAACUUCGGCGCGAUGUUACCGGCCUGCUACCGGGGUCGCUCUACUUCUUCCGCGUCGCGGGCGUCAACAGGAUGGGACAGGGGCCGUGGAGCGAAGCGACAGACAUGGUCGACACGGAAAUGGAUCUGCCGUUGGCGAUGGAGCGACCGAACGUGGAGGCCGUCACGCCCUAUUCCAUCGCCAUUAGCUUCUUCGCACCGCGACCGACCCUACCCAAGAUGAAGAUACAGACCUUCGUGUUGCAGGCGAAGGGGGGAGGGCUAGACUUCGACGAGAGCGACACCCAGGAGUUCACGUGGAAGGAGGCUAUGGCGGGGGCGGCAGCCCUAAGGGGGAAAGAGAGGAUGCACGCGAUCACCCAGAGGCAGUCGAUCGUUUCCAUUUCGAGAUCGCGGUCGGUAACUUCGAUGGCGACGACGGGGGAUCGGGGCAGUUCUGAAAGCGGGCGCGUCGGCAGUAUCCAGAUUGGUAGCUUCGCAAAUACCACCGAGGUGGCAGGGUGCGUGGACGGGGAAGGGAUUGCGGAAACGAUUAGUGGGAGCACCGAAAGCGGGAGCGUGGGCGUCGUCAGACUCGGCAGCUUUGCCAACACAACUGACGGGGUCGCGGCGGCAGACGGGGCAUCGGGGGAAGUCAUGGAUAGUGGGAGCACCGAAAGCGGAAGCGUCGGCAUCGUCAGACUCGGCAGCUUUGCCAAGAUAGCCGACGGGGCGGCGGGCGCAGACGGGGCAUCGGCGGGGGUAGUGGAUAGUGGGAGCACCGAAAGUGGUAGCGUCGGUGUCGUAAAGCUCGGCAGCUUGGACGGGAGUAGUGCCACUUUUGGGAUGGUACCAGUUGCAGCGGAAGGGUCCCAAGACAUGGGUGGGGACGGAGGGGCGGGGGGGAUGUUAGCAGGAGGUGAUGGCAGCGACGACCGACAACGCGGGAGUGUAGCUAUUGUCAAGCAUGGCUCUUUUGCGAAGGGUAACAUCGCUGAAACCCAACCAGCUGCAGCAGAUGGCACGCAAGGGGCAGAGGGAACGGCACAAGCAAGAACAACGGCGGGGGGACCGGAAAGGAUGGCAUCAGGUGAGGGCGACGAGAGUGGACAGAGCGGGCAGGCCCCGUUCGUCAGGCUCAGCAACUUCGCCAGGCGCAACACCAGGAUAGGCCGCGUCGACCACAAGUUGCGCAGGCACCAACGGCGCCGGCGCAAGGCUCAUCACUACCUCAUGUCGCUAACUUACACGGGGCUGCAGCCUGGGAUGGACUACCACAUCAGGGUUGCUGGAAUCAGCAGCGUAGGACAGGGUGCUUUCUCGGUGCCGACGUUUUCUGCCCGCACGCCUUCCGUUCGUCCCCACGCGUGUCCGCCCCCAACGGCGUCUUCGAUUUUUUUAACGGCAAUCAUGAUUUCCUGGGCGGAGGGGGACGACGGAGGCUCUUCUAUCACAGGAUUUUUCUUGCGCCCCGUUGGGGGGGGGCAAGCGGAAGAGAUCUCCGUCCCAAGGAUAAAGCGAUCCUACCUGAUCGAGGGCCUCCUUAAGGGGCACACCUACCGUUUUCAGGUGCGGGCGGCCAACAACGAGGGCAUCGGUCCCUGGUCCGAGCCAAGCCAGCCGGUGCGAACCCUGACCGAGCGCCCCUCGCCCCCGCGCGCCCCGGCUCUCUCAAUCUCGCAUCCGCCGCCGGGGCCGCUGUCGCUGUGGUUGUCGUUGUUCCUUCCCGAUGAAGACGGGGGUGACCCCGUCACUGCCAUGCUCUUGGAAACUCGGCGACAUGGCGGAACGCAGCCGCCGGAGUGGUCCCGCUGUGAGCGCCACCCGGUCCCUUCCACCAUCGACAAAGGAAAUCAACAUGGCUCUUCUCCUGCGUCCACUUCUGCUGCUCCGACUGGACGCGAUGGCGGAGACGGGGGCGACCGCAGCAGCGGCGACGGGAAGGCCGGCGGGAUUCUUGAGCCCCGACGAGCAGGGCGAGGUGGUCUUGGCGACACAGGGGGCAUUCCAGGCUCAACUCGAGAGGCGAGGAAGUGCUGCGAGAUCGUGGUUCUUGUGGAAGGCCUCCAGCCUCGGACGUACUACUCGUUCCGGGCGUCGGCUGUUAACGCCCGGGGCGCUAGCGAUCCCGGGCCGCCAUGCCGUCGGGCGCGCACCUCUGCCCCGCGACCUCCGUCUUGGGUUCUGGCACAGGACAUUGUCAACACCACCGCCGUCGCUGCCCCUACGGCCCCGGCAACCACGCCCUCACCAACAAAAAGUGUCGGUGGCAUCGCUGGCGUGGCUUUCCGUUGCCUUCCUCCCCGGGCGGCGUCCUCGGGGCUCGGAGCUUGCACCGUUCGAUGGGAAGAGCCGUUUUCGAACGGGGCUGCAGUUGAGCAGUAUCAGGUCGAAGUUGUGAGCUUAGGACCAGAGGUCGAAGGCAACAACGUCGGGGGGGGGGGGGGCAGGGACGAACAGGUCGAGGAUGCCGACAAAUUCAGUGCUAACACUCCAGAAGCACCUUUGAAGGAGGAGGAAGGCGCGUCGGGCGACGCGAAGAAAGGCAACGGCAUUGGCCGGGACGAUCAACAAGACGGUCCUUGUAAUCAGCCAACGGUGUCUGCAGUCAUGCAUAAGGCGAAGACAGACGAACCAUCGGAGACAACGACUGCGUCACCACCGCGGCCGCCGCCGCCGCCGGAAGUGGUGGUCUUGCCGGCACCACAGCUCCCGGGGCGAGAGGGGGGAACGGUGGUAAGAGAGGUAAAGGAAAGAUUCCCGCGCCCGGUUCCCUCUCACCUUCGGCAUCUCGUCAUCAGAGGUCUAGCCACGGGUGGCGACUACGUAUUUCGAGUCUCGGCGAGCAAUGCGGCGGGAAUGGGCGAGUCCGGGCCGUGGACGGAGGUUGUGCGUGUUGUAGAUCCUGCUGACGAAUGUUGA